AUGUCUGACGACAACAAUCAACCAGAAAAACACCCCCACUUGGAUAACAUUGGCGGAAUUGCCGCGUCCGUAGCCGGUAGUAUUGCCGGUGCUGACGUUGCCUCAAAGCUUGGUGCUGGCACUGUUGGUAGCAUCGCUGGUUCUGUUGCUGGUUCUAUGGGUGCCAACAAGCUCACCGACGAAAAGUCUGUGAUUGUAGUGAUUGUCACCAAAAAAGACGUUCCUCCCCAAAUCAGUUCCGACCACUUGGCCGAUGGCAGUUACCAGGUCAAGUUAACCAAGCCAUAUACCGAUCGGUUCGAAGAUUAUCAUAUCAAGUACUCUACAAGACAAACAACUAGCGAGCUAGAGAUUAUCUCCAAGCGUGAUAAUGUCCACCAGAUCUACCAGUUCGACGCAAGCGACUACGAUUUAUCCCAAACUACUUAUCUGGUUGAGGGCCACUCCUUGCUUGUAAAGGUUCCACGUGCCGUUAAUAUUGAGGUUCUGCGCCAACAAGCCUUCAGCAGAGCGGAGUCCAAGAGGCACGAACAUGCUGCUUGUGCCAGAAAGGUGGAAAGACAGCAAUUGGUGGCGAAGGCCCUUCAGGAAAAAAGUCGGAGUGAGCAAGAGAACGCUCGGAGGACCGCUAACGCUGCUAGAAGAAACGCCCAGAGAGAGGCGGAUGAUAAAUUCAACAAAGAAUUAGAAGGUCGGCUCCAGGAGGUUUUUUCAGGAUUUUUGAACGGGGUUUUAUCGUUUGCCGGUGAGUUUAACCAGUCCGAACGUGAAAGUAAGCCAGAGACUCCAAAGACCGAAGAAACGUCCGCAACCAACGAUAAGCACGAAGAAGAGUUUUCUGACUUGAUUGAGGAUUUCUUGUUUAACACUGUCUUCGGAGCCGUCCCCUCCAAGUCAGAGGAAAAGCCGGAAUCGACGCAAGAAAAGGAUUCUUGUAAAUGUGAAUCAUCUCAAUGCACCACCGCCAAGAAUACCGAGCACGCUUCCACAGACCUUCAAUCUGCUGAAUUAAAUUCCCUCACCAGCCUGGCGGAUAAUUUGGAUGACGCUGAAAGAUCGAUUGCCUCGUCUGGUGCGUCAACUCCAUCUGUAGCGGCUGCCGAGGAUGAAGGCGAGGUCACCGGCCCUGAACCAGCAACCGUCAAUUCCCCUGUUGUGGUUGUUACUCAGGAUAUCGAUGAAGAGGACAUUGUCCUUGUUUCUGCACCUGCAACACCUGAAGGUGAAACUGCCGAUGAGGUGUCAUCGUCAAAAUUGUCCCGCCAGCCAUCCCUUGAGGAGGUUGAAGACGAAGAGUUUAAGCAAAAGCAUUAGCUUCUACGUGAUAUCCUGACUGUUUAUGUUUUCCUCAUUUCCAUUUAAUAACC